AUGCCAUUUUCUUCAUUUAGCACUUCUAUUCUUUACGGUGGGGACGGGGUGUCGUCGGUGCAACAGGCGGCCCAAACGGCAGACGCUGAUCGAGGAAACUAUUCGGACAUAGCUUGCCACUCGAACAGCCAAGACUGUUCUCGCUUCCCCCACUGCGUACACGAGUUUGCAAAACGCGAUGUCAAGCCCGAGAACAAGACCGCUGUCGCUGUGGGAUCAGUCAAUGACACCAAUGCCGGGAACGCGACGUUGGCCAAACCUCCCAAAAGCCCAGCUACUCAAUGGAGUACCGAUAAAGCAUCCAUUGCUGCUUCUACCCUCUUCGCUGCCUUCGCAACCACUGCGGUCAUUUUCAUGACCGUGCUAUGUAUUAAGAGGUACCGCAAGCGGCGGAGGAGGAAGAAGUUGGGUAAUGCAGACUUGAUAGCGGCUGAGGAGAAGAAAAGGAAAAGAGAGAGCUUGAUGUUCUGCAGAGACCAGCCUCGUACAUAUGUGAUUGAGCAGAACAGGAACGGGGAGGUUACUCGCGUGCGAUGCACAGGAAACACCUCUCCUGGCGCAGGCAGUCCCCUGGAGAGUGUGAGCUCUAUUCAACCGGACAUGAGAAUCGAAGCAACACGCCACUUGGCAGAACUAUACAACACCAACAGUGGACGUUCUGGCUCUAUCCCACAGCCGGUUGUGAUCAUAUCCCCUCCACUUGAGCCUGUCGUCUCACGAGCGGCCGUUCCCAGUACACAAACCACUGAAUCAAUCGAGUCGAUUGACCAGGAUCGACAGACUGGAUCAUCAAAAUUCUCUGAAACUACAGUAUCACCUAAACUCGAGCCCACCGAGUCAAAACAGAGCACUACAGGCUCAAGUACUUCCAAUGGCACUCGCAGGAUGUCAUUGCUUCGUCUACCACCGAUCAGGCAAAGCAUGUCUCCUCUCUUCCGAUUUUGA